CUAGUAAAGCUUGGGGCGGCAUAUCGAGGUCGUGGUCUUUCCGUUAGGCGCAGCUCUGUUGGCUCUCUUCGCGCAUACCUGCCGUGCGCGUGUCUAAAACACCACGCCACCAGCCCCAAGCUCUCUCUCUCUCUCUCUUUUUUUUUCUCAUCGCGCUCUCGCUCGGCGCCAGCUUAGUGGCUUUUUCACCGCCAUCGCGAAGGUGGCGGCAACUGUACAACACGCGACGACGAUGAUUUUGUGCUUGUUGCUUUUCACGAAGAUGAAGCGCUAGUUUGUCGACGAUCGCCAUGCCUUUCCCCGAAUACGGGGACCAAGUGGCAUCGUCGUCACUGAUGCUGCUACUUCCGACGAACAGAGCGACGACGUGAAGAGUCUCACUAGGCAAGCUGUGCGAACCAACAGGCUCGAACGUCGAAGCUCCUAUGCAGCCGCUGACUGGUCGAAAUGUCUUUCUUCGGCUGGGGCAAAACUGGCAGUGUUUCCGAUAGCAAUGACGACCACUCCGGACGCAAUCUCCAGGACGGGCUUUUUCAAAUCGCUUCGCAAGCUUGUCAUAUACUUGUACAGGUGAACAACACCCACAACGUAUCUUACGGUGGCAGCAACCGUGUGACGAAUGUCGCCUACUCGAAGGCCGGUGGCGGCACUGCAAGCUUGUCCAGCAGCUCGUCCGCGACGACAGCCUCGAGCCUUUACUCUAAGAAUGUGGACGCAAGGCUCAAGGAUCAGGACGUGGUUGUCCUGCUACCGCAGCGCAAGUCUCGCACACCGAGGAUCAGGCACAAACUUGCGACUGUGUCGGAGAAUGCACGCCUAGAUGUUAACUCACCAGCCUGUGAUGACGAAUUUGAUUUUUGGGAUCAAACGGGUUUCAUGUUGAGGAAUGACAUCGACGAUCCUUUCAAUCACGGGCGAUGGGGCAGUGCACAAGACUGGUGCCGUCCAAGUUGCAUACCGAUAACCAUCAUCCUGGUGUUGAUCUUCUUAGUAGUUCUGUUGCCGUUGCUCGAUCAAAAAGAAGAAAGGCAAAACUUAAACACCACUUACUUGAUGAACGACAGCGAGUUUGCCGCGUGUAUGAGUGAAUGCAACAUGUCACUCGUCGAGUCGAUACCCAUCAAUUUGACGUAUCCCAACGAUUCAGUUAUUCAUCGAAGUACUUAUACAACCUGGUUAGAUCUGAUCAGUUCGGCGCAAAAUAGCAUUGAAAUCGCUUCUCUUUAUUGGACGAUGAACCGCGAGGAUGUUUAUCCUGACGAUAGUGCCAAGGAAGGUGAAGCAGUUUUUCAAGCUUUGGUCAAUGCCGGGCGUGACAAGGCUAUCACGUUAAAAAUUGCACAGAAUGCACCCAGUCAUCUUAGCCCGAAUAUCGAUACGGAAUAUUUGGCGAAAAAAGCGAAUGCACAGGUCCGCAGUCUGAACUUUGCGGCUCUCCUCGGUGGCGGUGUACUACACACGAAACUCUGGUUAAUCGACCGCACUCACGUCUAUGUUGGCUCGGCCAACAUGGAUUGGAGAUCGCUUACUCAGGUCAAGGAGCUUGGAAUCGUCGCCUUCAACUGCUCCUGCAUGGCGAACGAUCUUGCUAAAAUUUUCGAUGUUUAUUGGACGCUUGGAGAGAUUGGCAAGGUACCGAAGUCGUGGCCUAAGUCGUUGUCAACGAAGAUCAAUGCCGAGAAUCCUAUGGUGUUUACUUUGGACGGCAACAAAUACAAGAGUUUCUUUGGCAGCUCACCACCGCCUUUCUCGCCGGACGGCCGAACUCACGACAUAGACGCCUUAUUGCACUGCAUCAACAAAGCCGAGAAGUUCAUCUACGUCUCGGUUAUGGAUUACUUCCCACUGACUAUUUACACGCCUAAAGUGAAAUAUUGGCCGGUGAUAGACGACGCUCUCAAGGCCGCGGCGAUUGAACGCAAAGUGCAGGUGAAACUACUUAUAUCGAAGUGGAAACACUCGAGGAAGUCCGAGGACUACUUCCUCAAAGCACUCGAGGAUCUUACCAAUAGUUACAACAAAGUUAACAUCGAAGUAAAAAGAUUCGUUGUUCCGACCAAUGCGGAAUUGGAUAAAAUACCUUUUGGUCGUGUGAAUCAUAACAAGUAUAUGGUGACCGAUAUUGCCGCUUACAUCGGCACGAGUAACUGGUCAGGAGACUACUUUAUCAACACGGCUGGAAUCGGAAUGGUAUUCGAAGACGCAGAUCGGCGUAAUAACAAUAGUAUUCGCCAGCAACUUGAAGAUUUGUUCUAUCGCGAUUGGAAUUCGCAAUAUGCUCAUCCACUGAACGCUUCCUGUUCAAACUUAAGAGCUUCUAAGGGUUUCUUCGCGAGAUCGCAAAUUAUACCGCCGUUGCAGUUACACCAUGUGCAGGCUUAAACGACCUUCAUCUCUAACGAGCCGAUUAUUUGAAUUUUUUCUUUUGUGUGCUAAAUUUUGUAUGAUGAAUUGAUUUCCGGAGCAUCCUACUCAAAAAAUUUAAUAUUUCAAAAGCUUUUGAAUAUUUUUCAAGCUUUUCUAGAGGUCUGAGUAUCCUAAAAGAAUCAAAGGAGGGGGAGGGGGGAGAUUCUUUAACGUCAAAUGUAUUUCUACUAUUUAUAUGUAAAGAUUAUAUAUUUGGAUUGAUUCAGAAAAAAAAGAGAGAUCACCACUUCUAUUCGAUCUCGAUCGUUUUGUGUAAAUAUUUUCAUAAAUUUGUCGUUGAAGUGAAAUAUGGUAUAUAACAGAAUCAUUGAAGAGUCUACAAUAUACAGAUAUACAUAAAUAUUUUCUUGUGAAGAGAACAUUACAGUAUUUUGCGAAAGACUUUUUACAAAGCUUUGCAGUUAUUGAAAUAUUAAUCAUUGAAUUAACUAUCGUCGUUUGAAUGUUACACGAAAUAACCUCAUGAAUCUGUUAUAAAAUGAUUGAUUACUGUGGAUAAUGUUGUGAUUGAACAAUUUACUUUUACAAUGCAAAAGCAAUGCAAUAUCGUAGUAUUUAAGUUCGUUUUUAUAAUUAGAAUUUAGUAAUUUCUGGUUUCACUGUAUAAUAGAGCAAUUAAUGUGAUUGUAUAACAUGAACAUUUCGAGUUUUAUAAUAGUCUUUCGAGCUCAAAAUAGUUUAAUGUCGUUCCCGGUACCGUGAUCAGUAUGAUUCUUAUGAGUUUUCAAAAAUGUCAUCGUAGACACAGCAAUAACACGAACUAUCGUUUAGACAUAAAUUUUCUAUACAUAAAUUAUCUAUACUACUAGUAUAGUGAAUUUACAAAAGUAGAGAUGCGAGUAAACUAAAAGGUCACGUUCACAGCUCACUCAAUAUUAAUUAUUAUGCGAUGAUGCACAGCUGAUAAUAAAAGAAACGCAUGGCAUGUGCCUUUAUCUUUUGAUUCUCAAGUGACCUUUCUUCUUCUGUCUGUAACAAGCAAUAGAAGCAAUAAUCGAUACUUGAAAUAGACGAAUGUCAUGCAAUGAUUGAAUGUUGAUCAAUGCAUCUUUUUUCUUAUUACAAAGUAACUCCAGAAGUUAUUCAACGCUGAUUCUUUAUAUAAAAAAUGUCAAAGCAAAUAUUCGCACAGGCGCUCAAUUUUAUUUGAUUGUUGUAGCCGAACUGCCACGUGUAAUUUAGUUUUGAACGAAGUUGAAUGUUUGAACAAGCUUAUGUUUAAUUUUAAGUAACAAAAAGAAAAAAAGCAAAUACAGUCCGCCGAUUGAUAAAUAAGUCUUCUUAAUGAUUACUUUUAAACUGUUGCCUUUAAAUGGGUGUGAACUAGUUUAUGGAACCAGUAAAGUUUGUAUAAAAUGUUAAAUCAUGCUAUUCCUUCUUUAAUUCAAUAUUUAUCCUCCUAAUGUGAUAUGUUAAUUUUUUGAGAAGCAACUUUAUUCUUGAUAAGUAGUACAAAUAUUUUAUAAAAUAACUUAAUGCUUCUCUAUAGGAUUGUGCUAGAAUCACGAAAAAAAAUUGUAAUUGGCUGAAACUCAAAUCUUUGAUUAUUUAUUAAAAAAUCAAUAGAAGAUAUAAUUGGACAAUUAAUAAUAUUUCACUAAAUGCCGACACUUUCAAGCAGCUAGGCGUCCAAGGAGUACCGUUGGAUCCUUACUAGGAGUUCAAUACAAUAAUUUUUGAAAUCAUGUUUUGGAAUCUGGAAAAUCAACCAAGCAAGAUGACUGACAGUGAUUUAUUUCAUUGUAUUAUAUUUUUGAAAUAAUUUUUGUCGUUUGUACUAACACUCUCGAUGCGAAAUAAAUCUAGAGAAACGUGCAACAGAAUGUUCGGAAGUCUUCGAUAAAAUUUUGAACAUUCGAUAGAAAAACAUAAAAUAUACUAUUCAUCCACUUGGCUUAAAUUUAUUCAAUGACUAACGUGUUCAACUUAAAAUUAAAAUUGACAUAAAAAUGAUAAAACUUGGAAGAUUUUUCCAUAUAAUGUUAAGAAUGAAAUUUUAAAUAUCGCAUUGAUUUUCGAAAAUGCAAUUUUAAUUAUCAUGAAUAUGAAUAUAUAUUGGACAAUAUGCAAGUGUGUUGAGUCGACGCACGUCACACAACUUUUUCUCUUCAACGAAAAAGAUAGCAAAGUGAGUAUUUUGGAAUACAUUAGUUGAAACCACCUGCGUCAUUUACUGAGUAUUUCAAUAAAAAUGUUCCAACAAUGAUAAAACUGAAUUUGACAAUUAAAAGUCGAACACUUAAUCGUAAACUUAGCGUAUCUUUAUCUAGGAAAUUCAUACAUCAAUAAAAAAAUUUGAAGCUUUUUUUUUCUUUCAAUUACUUAAGAAUCAUGUGUUUUGACAUGCUCUUACUCAAACGAGUAAAUCGGAUAUUCCAUUUUUCUUUCCAUGGUCUGUGCUCAAUCUUAGUAACAACAUUAUCAUCGAA